AUGAUACGAGUCGGAGAGCGACUUGAAAACUCGCCCCUGACCUAUAGCGAGAAGCACCCGAUCAUACUGGCCAAGGGCAGCCAUCUAGCACUUCUGCUGGUCCGAGACGCGCAUCUGUGCACUCUUUAUGGCGGCCAUCAGUUGACUCGAAGCGUCCUGGCACGAACGUACUGGAUCAUUCACUCCAGCUCGCUGAUCCGCUCCGAGAUUCAUCGCUGCGUCCGAUGCGUCCGCUUCAGAGGCAAAGCGCUACAGCAGCAGAUGGGUCAGCUUCCGGCUGAUCGCGUCCGGGCGGGACGUCCCUUCCUAUCCACCGGCGUGGACUACGCAGGCCCCAUCCAGCUUCGAGCCUCGAAGGGUCGAGGUCAACAAUCCUUCAAAGGAUACAUUUGUUUAUUUGCAUGCCUGUCCACGAAAGCCGUGCAUUUGGAAACCGUAUACGACCUCACCACGGAAGCCUUUCUGGCGGCAUUCCGGCGCUUCGUUGCAAGGCAAGGCCACUGCGCACGUCUGGUCAGCGACCACAGAACCAACUUUUGA